AUGGAAAAUUUAAAGAGUAAUUUAUCAGAAACUUUCUUUAAUGAAUUAAAAAAAGGUUAUCACCAAUAUAGAAUUCAAAAAAGAAUAUCUGAAAUAGCAAUACCUGAUUAUAUAGAAUGGAACCAAAUUUUCGAGUAUUUGAUGGACAACGUAAAUACUGCAGAUGACUAUGUAUUCCUUGGUUGGUUCUCGAUAUUCAUAAGCGAUAAAAUCGAAAGAAGUGCAGACGAAAGUUUUUCUUUUCAGCAAUAUGAAAAAGCUUUUCAAAUCGAUCCAACAAACAUGUUCAGUCAAUUUCUUAUCGCCUAUUGCACUUAUUUCGGAAAAGGAACCACAAAAGAUCUGGCGCAUGCCGAUGAAUUAUACGAAAGGUUUUCAAACAGUGGAAAUCAUUUGUGUCAAUAUACUUUUGCGACGCGUCUGAUGCAUAAAAAUAAACACGACUAUAAAUUGAGGGUUUCUUUUAUGUUCAAAUCAGCUGCAAUGAAAGAGCAUAUUGCUGCCAUGUUAUUUUUGGGAGAUCGCUAUACAAACGGCAUUGGGAUUGAGAGGGAUUUGCACAAAGCACUUUUCUGGUACGCCAAAUACCUCAAAAACGACCAAUAUAUUGAACCGAAUCGUUUUUUGAAAUGGGUUUCUUCGCAAAUCAAAAAACAAGUAUAG